GUAGUGGAGGCUGAACUCAUGUUUGUCCUCUGCCUGUGUUCAGUGUGACGAGUUCAAAUCUAAAUAUAUUACUGUAUUGUAAAUUCAUUUAAAGUUUGCAAUAGAUACUUUUACAGAGAUUUUUUUUUUUUUGGUUUUGUUUUAUAAAUCAUUUAAAGAGAAAAUAUAUUGUUUAAGGAAAAAAGACCAUGUCACUUGCUUUAUUCAGCUGUAUGUUUAAUGCAGCCUCUCUAAUACAGUGAAUGGUAUGUUUGAAGUCAGGUGGGAAAAACAGAGGCUACCUCACUCACAUUUAUACCGAAUUCAAUAAAAAAAAAAGGAAACCAAUUGUUGGCUGUUGUUGAAAACUAGGUUUAAUUUUUCGUUUAAAGCUUCGCAGGUCUUUUCCACUGAGGUGGAUUUUUUACUAAUUCAUCACAGAUUGAAACCAGAUUUAAAUUUCUUACAAAACAAAAUAACAGUUACAGUAUUGGUAUUAUCCAGUACUGUCACACACACAAAAAAGACAAAUAUAUUCUUAAAAAAACAAAAAACGUAACAAGUUAAAAGAGAGAGUGCUUUACCAAAUCGUCAUACUAAUCUUAUGCUUUGUUUGCUGUUCAUUUCCUGAUUUAAAAUGUUUGUAGUCUUGUUAGCAUUGGUUUGCAAAAGUGUAAAUAAUUUAAAACUUUAUUUUGUGCAAUUUCAAAACAUUCUAAAAAUAAAGUACUAAAUAAACAUUAAAUUAAUAAAACGAAAUAAAAAUCAAGUAGGCACCUGCAUUAAAAAAAAAAAAAAGGAGCCAGUAUGUGUGAUAGACUUUGAGCUGCUGUGUCUUUCAUUUGUCCUGUUCUCUUCUGGCUGUGACGAGUUUUCAUUUGGAGCAAAGGGUUUUGCACGAUUGUAGCGUAGUCCUCUAAUUCAUGUUAAACCUUUCUUGAGCUUCUUCUGCCAUCUAGUGGACAUAGGCGAGAAUUUAUUCAUUUUCAUUUCUAAGCUUUUUAAUAUCACCUCGACAAAUACGGAUCCGUUACAGAAGUUCUUACAGAAUAUUUAGUAGUUUCAUUUGAAAGCGUUGCCAAAUAGGUUAAAUAGAGGUAAAGUUGGACACAAAAGCUUAUUCAUCUUUAUUCUUGUGUAUAUUCUCACAUUACUAAAAAUAACACCCGUAAACAUUUAGUUCUGACAAUUAAUUGCUAACCCUAAUUAAGCCUAGAAGGUUAAACCAUGUGUUCUGUUUUAAUAAUUACAUUUCCAAUUUAAUUUUGUUUUAUUUAAAAGUAGUAAUCAUCUCUAAAUUAAAGAUGUCCCAAUUUGCUGGUAACUCCUGAAAAAUUGUGAUUUUGAUGUCUUUGUGUUUGAAGAAGCAAUUCAAAUUGCAAUAUUUAAUACUCCUUCCUUUAUUUUCCAUAUAUUUCAAACAUACUGUGUGGGAGGAACGUCAUUCAACAAUAUUUUAAAGCGAUUUUAAAGCAAUUUUAACACCAAUGACAAAUGACCAGAAAGUGUCUCACUUUACCUGUAUUCAUCCUAAACUUUAUUAUUAUCAUUGCAGUCUUCUAAACUGACAGAGAUCAAUUCUAAUGUGAUGGGUAUAGAUAUAUAAAUAUAUAUAUAUAUAUAUAUAUAUAUAUAUAUAUAUAUAUAUAUAUAUAUAUAAAGAUCCUUUCCUCUAGUGUUAAUUUAAAAACACUUUUGAGAAGUAAAUGAAUAGAUGGAUGACAGCCUUUAAUCUAACGGUUUCCUAUUUCUUCACAAUGGCACCAACAAAAUCCUUCAGUGGAUCUCUGUGAAGGGAAGGAAAUGCCACGGGGUAAAAUCAACCAUGCAUCCCCUUAUUAUUAAAAACACACCUUCCAUUCAGAGCAAAACAGGUCUUUGCUGAUUUCUCAGGCUUCAUCUCCAGUGUCCCUGUAACCGGUCAUCUAUGACCCUAUUGUCCAGAUCAGCGACCCGCACUCAUAUAAAGCCACAAAUGACACAUGAGCCCUUCAGAAGAACAUCAGCACUCAAUAUAAUGCUGAUCAACAGCUGCCUGACUGUUCUCGUCUUUAUAAAUGCUGUAUAUUCGGCAGCUAUGAGAGAAGGGAGUGAAGAUUUGCUGCGUUUCCUGAAGGAUGCAUUUGAAAUGAAUCUACCUCUUGACCACACUGAACCAACACAGCUCUCAGUAAUGGAUCUAGCAACAGAGAAGAUUCUGGAUCCUGUACAUCUGGCAGAUCCAACUGCAGAAUGUGAAGCCCCAGAAAUUGUUGUCAACUCUGCUGUGAUGGAGGGCAUUAGUAGUCAGGAAAUGGAUUUUAUGAAAGAGCUGGAUCCCAUAAUUCAGAGUUUCGCCAGUAGAAUGAACCUCAAAGACCAGGCUGGUAAACCACAUGAUACUGACAAACACCAGCAGGAGAGCCGCAAAAGAGCAAUGGAUUUAGACAGCCCAGAGUCUGUGGACACCUCUGAUAGGCCAGACCUAGAUGCUGACAGUGAAGAACGUGGUGAUGGUCGAGGAACAUCUCAGACACAAAUCUCAGGACAUACUGGACGACAGCAGAGAAUGGGCUGAUUGGCUCCUGGAAUGUGCAGAAACAUCUGCUGAGCAUCCCAUGGAAGAGAACAAGAGUCUGGAUGCCCCUAAAGUGGACCAGAAGAUUCAAAAGGACACAAUAAGCUAUCAGAACCAGCUGAGGAAAAUAUGUCCCACCAACAGAGUA